CGAACGCGACAUGGCUCUUUUUGCGUUUCUAAACAAUUGUGUUGCUAUUGAUGUACCAUCCGACCCUCUAUCGGACGUUACGGUUGUUUCCUCGAACAGAAAGUUUACAUUCGAAUACUUCAAGGCCAGCUAUGAUUGGAAGACUAACUAUGUUACCUCACCCUACCACGUUCGACUGGCGCUAUCGAUGUUUUAUCCGAUUGCUGGUGCUGCCGUACAGGAGGAUUUUUGCGUAGCAUUCAAUCUGCCGGAAGAAACGAAGGAUGCCGUUGACCAACAGUGCCGCUUGACAAAGGAAAUCAAUGACGGAACACACGUGAAAGCACUCUCUUUCGUGCUCGUGGAGGAAACCAAACAACUCAGUGAAGAUUUUGAGCGUCUGUUUCAGCGCACGUAUGACACUACGGUAGAGGCAGUCGAUUUAACCGACGACAUUCCGUCUGCCGCCGCCGUCAAUUCAUUCUACCGUAUGGCGAAUACGGAGAUUGAAGAUUUCAUCUGUGAGGGCGACGUGUUUUCGCUAGAACCUUGCUUUACGCUGAUGCUGUUCAGUGGAGUCUCUAUACUAACGCCGCUGUGCCUUCGUUUCAAUCCUGCGGAUACCAAGAUGGACGUUUUUCGGUUCAUCAACGCACCGGAACAGCGUGUGCCCUUGAUGCGCGCCACAGCAUCCUUGCCUUUCUGCCAACAUAACGAGCUGAAGUGCUCGGCGGUAGAUAUUCCUUUUGAUGAAGCGAGCGGGCUUUCUCUGCUUUUGAUACUACCGAACGAGGGUACGGAACUCCGUGAAGUUGUGUCUAGAAUGAAUGAAGCCCAUUUAAAGCAAAUAGAAGAAUUCUUGCGGCCCACGAUAACGACGAUUGUCCUGCCGAAGUUUUUUGUGCGCGAAAAAACAGAAUCAAAAACGAUUUUAGCAAAGCUCGGAUAUGGCGGUAUAUUUGAGAUUAAAGAUUUGCGCGUUUUCAAAGAGGCAGCACGGGGGCUUUUGAAUGGUUUCUUCCAGCAUUGUUACAUCUCAAUCGGUGAAAACGGCAACGGGCAUUUGCCGAAUGAACCGGAGUCAUCCAGUAAUGCAACGUUUAAUGCUAACCGCCCAUUUAUGUUUUUCGUUCGUCGGCUGGCAGACGGACAAAUAUUUCAAAUUGGACAUUUUUCAAAAUAUAUCGAUCCAGAUGAACAAUGGUAGACUUUUAUUGCUGACCAUCCCCAAGAAUAAAUGUAGAAUUUAAUUCUUUAUAAUAUCAAGCAUUCAUAUGGCGUACAUUAACGAAUCUCAUGUGAAACGAUGAAAAUGAACGCUAUCUUCUUUUAAUUUCUUUCAAUGCUGAAUUUAAUUAAUGACAAUAAAAGAAUCUCACAAAUCGAGAAAAUCA